ACUAGAGAUGUGUUAAUGUUAUGGAUCUAUAGAAUGCAAAGAUGAGUUGUUCUAAAAAGCUUGGUUUUAUUUACAAGCACAUUGAAUGUUAAAAAAAACAAAAAAAACAUUUUCUUUUGUUUAUUCUGAUCCAUUCUAACUUUAAAGAAGAGAGGAUGUCCUGAUACGUGAUAUUGUUAUACAUGGUGUUACCAGCAGAGGGCAUGGUGAUUGGGGGAUAGGGAGAUAGUAGAAAAAGAAAAAGAAAAAGAAAAAAUUAAGUGCGAGCAUGAGCUCUUUGGUUCAUUUUUAUUAAUAUGAACAACACAGGUUGUAGUUACAGCCCCGGUCCGAUAGAUGGACCUAGUUUGACGUUAUUUCUGAAUAGAAACAAAGCAGAGGAAGCACGGAGAAGCAGCAGCGCGCCAAUCUCAGGUGGCGGUGGCGGAACAUCUUUACAGACUCGGGCCAGGCCACACUGAACCCGAGCCCACGGCACCGAUCCAUUAGCUGAGCACACGUUCGCUCUGGAGCCUGGUACGCUGCCAAUCUCCCACUUGUCGCUAACCUAUUUGUGAUCAUAGUAGUUUUUAACAUGUCAGAAAACGGCAGCUGUGAAUCAGAUGGGUCAGACCUGGGAAAAGAUAAGUCAGAUAGCUUGGAGUCUAUGAUGCAUAUGUUUUCCAUAAAGGUAGAAUACUACAGAUUGCUUGAAUAUUCUGUGAAGUGGAAGGACCCCAUGAAUCCAAAGCGAAACUGUAAUCGGCCUAAAACCUUAAAAGACCAAGACAGCCCAAGUGAAGACUCUAUACAAUGCAAGACAGAGGGAAAGAGGCAGCAAAAAGAGAGGAAGAAGGCACAAUCUGGCAAAACAGUGGCUGAUGUGGACAAGCAGACCAUCAAUGACAUCUUGGACCUCAUUGACAGAAGUCAUGAGAAUCUGCCUGAGGAGACCAGCCCAUGGGUGGAGGUGGCAGAUGAUGGGGUUGACCAAUCAGACGAUGACCAGGUCUCAGUCAGCAGCAUCACGUCAGGACCGUCCAGCAAUUAUGACCCCUGUGUUGACAAACCACUGACCCUAUGUUCAGCCUGCCACAAACUUCAGCAGAAGGCGAAGAGGAUGGCCCCUCUCAAGCACAAACUGUUGGGCACCAACCCCAAAUCUCUCACAUGUGACCAAUGGAUUCUUCUCAAACCGUGGAGAAGCAAAAAGAAACCUGACGGCAAGAGGAAUGUUUUGGGUCUUGUGCAGUUCAUCCACAAACUACGAGUGGUGAAAAAAUCCAUGAAAAAAAAAAAGAUGCCGGCUGAAGAUAUGUGCUCAAGACAACAUGUAUUUUUACAAAGAAAUCUUCACUGCGUCAAAAAGCCAAUAAUGAAGGAGAGAAAGAAGAACCGGAAGAAGAGGGCUCGAGAAGACUCUCAGGGCACACGUGUGGCAAAACAGAAACGUACCCACAAAAACCAACCAAUCAGCCUAAAUCACAAUACUGUGCCAAGACGAAAUGGCUUCACUCACAACUACAGUUUUGAUCCUAUGAGCAGUCACUGCAGCAUCUUGUCUCAAAGUGGUCCAGACGACUCUGAUGUGACAUUCAGGUUGCCCCCCUUGGACAGUUUUAAGGAGUUCCCAAAACAAACCAUCUCUAAAAGAGGAGGAGGAUUCAGAGACUUAUUGGCCCAGCUGCGAGGCAACAACAGCAUGAUCAUCAAAGAGACUCGGUAGUGAGGUGACCCCCACAUGC